AUGAAAUGUGCUCAUUACUUCUGGUUUGCUCCCCAGGAUGGAGAUGUGAUGAAGAAGAUGGAGCUGGCGAGCAAGAGGUGCCAGCAGACGCUGAGGGACCUGGAAGGACUGCUCCAGCACUUGGAAGUAAUGUUUAGUCUGACGCAGGUUCCCCGGGUUCUUUUCCUGCUUGGAGGCACCAUCAUGAGCCCCAAGGAGCUCUAUGAGCUCAACUUGGAGGGCGUCUGCGAGGGCAGCGCUGAGGAGAGCCUGCAGACUGCGUCCUGUGUGCGCAAGCUGUUCCACUCGCUCUUCGUUGCGGACGUCUUCAGUGAGCUGAAGGCUCUCCCUGCCACGGACACUGUUGUCAUGCUCCAAGGACGCCGUGAUUGUGGUGUGGAUUGGUUCUGGCCCAAGCUCAACUACAAGGUACCGACCCGAGGGAAGAAGCUGACUGUGAACUUGUCCUGUGGUGGAGAGAAGCACCUCAGUGCCUCGUCUGCUCAGCACGUGGCUUCUACCUGGGAGGACUACGUCUGGUUCCAAGCACCUGUGAUGCUGAAAGGCUUCCAGGAAUGA